AUGAAUUAAUCGUAAUUUUUGCAAAGCUUAAACUUUGAUCCACUCCGAAGUCCACCAUUAAGAGAAGUUGCUUUAAGACAUCAAGUUUAUCUCAAUUAAUAGCUAGAGAGCAACUAUGUGCGGUUUAUUGAUCGAAUCCAAUGAUUAUUGUCAAUGCUGUGGUUUAGGAAUUCACACUCAACCUAUUUCAUUGAAGGCAAACAUUAUCAAUUUAGCGUUUUUGGGUUAAGGUAUACCUUUGUUUUAUAAUGUAACUUUUCUCAUAAUUUUACUAACAUUUAUAUUAUUACUUAUUUUUGGACUGCCUACAAUCAUUUUUAAUUUUUUAGCUAAAAAUUGUAUAGAACAAACAAAUACGGCCUAUAGUUUAUUUAAUACAUAAGGUUGCUCUAAGAGUUGUCCAUUAGAAAAUGAUGAUUUUAAAUUAAUUCAAUAAUUACUUUCCACAAAUGAUUGUAAGUUCAUUUGUGGACACUAUUAGGAGUUAUGUUUAGGUUCUUUAUUAGCAGAAAUGUCAUUCUCAAACAAAUAAUUGGAUGAUGAUUUAAAAACAAUAUAAUCUUUUUUUGUAUUAGGAUCUGUGAUUUUUAUAAAGAUUUAUUUAGUAUUAAUUAGGGAAAAGUAAAGAAUUAUUGAAGCAGAAUGUGAUUAAGAAUUAAUAUCUCCUUCAGAUUUUACAGUUAUGUUAGAUCAUUUACCAGAAGAAGAUUAUAAUGAAAAAGAGUUAGCAACAGCAAUAGAGUAAUAUUGUUAGAAAAUUGAUAAUUAAAAUAAAUAUGAAGUCAUUAAAAUCAAUAUUGCAUAUGAUAUUAAAUCUUUUGUGCUUAAAAGUAGAGAGAAAAUUAAAUUAGAGAAAAUAUUGAAUAAAGAACAGAAAUACUAUUAAAAAAAUUAAAAAUACAAAAGAAGUAAAUUAGAAAUGGAUAGAAUAAAACUUUAUAUAGAAUAAUUAAAAAAAGAAUUAACUGAUAUAGAAUAAGAAAUAGAAAAUGGAUCUUAUCGAAAAACCACUUCAGUUGCAUUCAUAACCUUCUAAACUAAAUAACGUAUUUUUAUGAAUUUAUUUAGAAUUAUAAAAAUUAAUAUAAUAAACAAAAUUAUCAUAUUGGGAAUAAUUACUUUUACAAGUAAGAAGAUUAAUUAAAAAUAAAGAUAAAAGAGGAUUCUAUUUUAAGAAUAAUUUAAUAUCCAUAUAAAGAGCACCUGAACCAGAUGAUAUAUUUUGGGAGAAUUGUGGAAUAGAAAAUUCAAUAAAAAUAAAAAGAAAAUUUAUUAGUUGGUUUGUAGUUCUAGUUUUAUUAGGAAUUUCAUUUGCUACACUUUAUGGACUUGAAUAUUUGCAAGUAUUUAUUAUAAUAUUGAUUUAAGAAUGAAUAUCUGUCAAAUGAUUUAGAUUUUAUUACAAAAACAUCAAUAUCUUUGUUAAAAUCAUUAAUAAUAACGAUAGUAGAUGCAUUAAUAUAUUAUUUUAUAACAUUAUUAGCAAAUCAUGAAAGACAUGUAACAAAAACGUAUUAAGACACUUCAGUUGCAUAAAAAUUAUGUUGUGUCUAAUUUGUUAACUCUUGUGUAUUAUUACUUUUAAUUCAUUUAAUUAGUGGUAAAGACUUUAUGGAACAAUCAAAAUUUGCAAUUUAAAAAUAGGGAGGAAUAGCUGAUGAUUUACUUUUUGUUUGCUGUAUGAAUGGAAUAUUCACUCCUUUUACUGCAUUUUUCAAUCCAAUUUAUUUUAUCAAGUAAUUAUAACAAAUUUUUAUUGAAUCUAAUAAAAAGUUGACAUAAUUAGAAGCUAAUAAAUUAUUUGAAGGUCCUUAAGUCUUAUUAUAUGAUUAAUAUGCAUUUAUUUGUAAGACAACUUGGAUCACUUUAUUCUUAGCUCCAUUAGCUCCAAUUUGUAUAUUUAUUAAUUGGAUUGGAUUAUCUUUAUAUUAUUGGAUUUAAAAAUAUUUAUUAUUGAGAAGAAAUAGCAAACCUCCAUUUUAAAGUAGUCAUUUAGAUCGAGAAAUGCUUACUCUUUUAGAUUUAAGUCCUCUAUUAUUAGCAGGUAUUUAAUAUUGGAUUAAUGAAAUCUAUGUUUCAAAUAAUUUAAGUCAUACUAUAAAUAUUGGAACUUUAGUAUUAGCAGGAUUAGAAUUAGUUUUACCAUCUUAUAGAAUUCAUUAAAUUUUAUAUAAAAAAUAACUUGAAGAUAUAGAAAAUUAAAGAUAUGUUGAUGUUCAUCUUCGAUUCCCGACAGAUUAUGAUAGAACUAAUCCUUUAACUAGUGAAUAAGCAACUCAAGAAUUUUUAAAAAAGAAAUUUGAAUAAGCUAAUAAAUCUAUGACUUUAACUAGACAUUCUAGAAAACAUUCGACAAAACGAUCUUUAAGAGAAUAUGUUCUAAAAGGAAUUAAAGAUACAAAUUUAUCAAGAAUUAAAGUACUUAAGAAAAAACUUUAAACUGCUUAUAAAUUAAAAUUGUUUCAUAAUGUUUAAUUUUAAUAAGAAACUAAUUGUAAAGAUUCUGAUCAUGAAGAUUCAAUUAAUACAUUUCAAUUUCCAGUCUAUUAAAGAGCCCCGAAUUAUAACUUUUCGAGAGUAAUAAAUCAAUUUCCAAAUUAUUCCUAAUACAAUACUGAUCUUACCAAUAGAAGUAAUUCUAUUUCUUCAACUAUAUAAAUAAAUACAUCGAAAUAUUAAUUAAAAACAAAAAGAACUUCUUAAAUCUAAUCUUUUAGAGUUCAAUUAUAAUGA